GCUCGAAUCAGAAUGGGAGAAGUGGCUGCUCAGAUUCCGACGAGUUUCGGCCACGAGCUCAGGGCUUGUCUUCGAUGCCGCCUCGUCAAAACCUACGAUCAGUUUAGGGAUUCUGGGUGCGAGAAUUGUCCAUUCUUCAAGAUAGAGGAGGAUCCCGAGCGUAUCGUCGAUGUUACCACCCCUAAUUUCAACGGUACAAUCUCUAUGAUGGAUCCACGUAGAAGUUGGGCGGCGAGAUGGUUAAGAAUUGGUAAAUUUGCUCCUGGUUGCUACGCUCUUGCUGUCUCAGAGACACUCUCAGAGGACAUGCAGUCACUAUGCCAAGAAGAGCGAGUUCAGUACAUUCCGCCAAAACGCAUUUGAAGCCCUUUUCAUCAACACUGUCUUCAUGUGGACAUCAGCUUCAAGAAGCCUGAGUGUGUGAAUACAUGGAGGCUAUCAACGGAAGUAGUUUAGUUAACUAUGUUUCAUGAUUACAUAUCUUUGUUUUGCCAACAAAAGAACAUCUCUUGCAACUCAUUUGAUAACCUCCGGAAAACAAUAUUACGAAAAAAAAAACAAAUUGGAUAUAUAAAAGAAUAUCCUUUUUAUAUAAAUUUAAAAUUCGAGUUCA